CGACCCCAAAAUUUGGUCAAGGCAAGUCAAGUCGAAGGCAGCUCGACUUGACUGAUUUGAGGUCAGAAUUAACUACUUUUAAAGCUAUUCCCAGUAUCUCUAGCACUCCAGGAACGCCAACUUGAGGGUUUUUCUAGUGUUGCGGUUGAUGUGGGCUCAAAAACGGGGGGCAAGUGUCUAUAACCCGGCUGGCCCAGGUGGGUCAUCGGGCCGGAAAAACCCCCCACCCGGUAAAAGUUCGGGCUCCGGCCACGGGCCUUCAAACAACCAAACUGCAAAGAUACCGAACUGCGAAGAUAUCCAUCAUCCUCUAUUCGCCCAGCUUACCAACCCAGUUGCGAUGCGCCUGACCGAGCCCCUGACCGAAGCCCUGACCGAGCCCCUGACCGAGCUAUCUUCGAACGAUGCCCCCUCUACCACUGCGACGGCUGGUAUCGUCAGACCGCCUCUAUUCCAGCCACGAAGAACCCUCCACGAACAAGCCAACGCACUGGCCGACACUGACAUCCAGAGCUUGCCUGCGGAUGUUGCCCAAUUGCCCACCAUUCAGUCUGGGCGGCGGCGCUUCGUUUUGGAGCGGUUUCUCCACAAACGAACAGUCAGGACCUCCUGGAUUUCCCAGUAUGGCAUCUUCAUCGUCGAGAUAGGUGUCGCUACUGCAGAGGGCAGGCAACCUGUCUUUUGGUGUUGUUCCUUUUGCGAUAAACUGUACAACGCUGUAGCAACAACAACAGGCAACGUCUUCCUCGCCUUUCUACGAUGGCCUUCAACGUCCUUACUAUCCCAGCGAUGUCUGCGGAGUGCGAGAGGGUGUUCAGCAGUGCGAAGCUUACAGUGGGCUUAAAACGCCAGAGCCUCGAAGACAAUACUAUCAACAUGGUGGAGUGUCUGAAACAGUGGGCAAAGAGGCAGUAAAGACUGGGAGACUCGGAUCUGGGUGGCUCAGGGGGGGGAUAAACGGGGCCCGGUGCGGAACAACCCAUUCCGGGGGAUUAUGUAAGCGGCUUGGCAAAGCUUUGGGUCAACGCAAGUCGAGGCACUGACAAGGCAAGUCGAGUAUCUCUAGCCUCAAAUCAAAGCAAGUCGGUGUGCCGAUUUGACUUGAUUUGCCUUGUGGGCAGCACUGAGCCAUAGUCUGGCCUAGAGAUCGCCGUCGCUGUAAGCGGGGGUCCGGCCAA